AAGGCAGCGCAGUCGCAGGCCAGUUCUCCCAGCUGAAGCUUCAGCUCCGACCAGUGACAACAAAUCAUCCCUCCGGUGUCUCUGUGAGUCUGUCCAGCAUGGAGGGGCCUUCAGGGGCCGCAGCAGCCCCCCCCCCAGUCCGCACCUUCUCCCAGGUGGUCUUCAGCAACAUCCCCCAGUCAUACCCCCCCUCCACCUCCCUCACCUGCCACUACACCGCUGCCUUCCAGCCUCACCCCCGGGACUGGGUGGGCAUCUUCAAGGUGGGAUGGAACUCAGCGAAGGAUUAUCACACCUUCGUGUGGGUGGAGCCGGGUCUGGAUGUGGUCGGACAGGAGUCCGUGAGCAGGCAGACGGUUUUCAAAGAUUACUACCUGCCCAAGGACGAGAUGGAGUUCUACCAGUUCUGCUACAUCGACGUCACCGGUCAGGUGCGGGGGGCCAGCACUCCCUUCUGCUUCAAAAGCCCAGAGGAGCAGAGCCUGACCUCCAGGCUGGAUGAUGACAUCCUGGUGGUUACAACACAGGAACAAGUGGAUCAGAGCGUCCGCGAGAGAGACGAGCUGCAGAAAGACUUGGAUCAAAUCCGGCAGGAAAACGAAACCCUGAAACUUGCUUUAGAGAAGGAACAACAAGACGCUGCCGUCCUCAAGGAGCAGAAUGAAGAGAAAGAGAGGGAGAAGAGUCACCUGGUCGAAGAAAUGGGUCAAAACAAGGAAGAAAUUGAAAACUUAACAAGCACCUUACAGCAGAAGCUUCAGGAAAUGAGCACUUUGAAGGAGGAGCUGCUGGCCCAGAUAACAAAGCAUCUGGAGCUGGAGCAGCACAGGGCGAGCGAGCAGGAGACGCUGAGCCUGAGUUCUGACCGAGCAGCCGCUGAAAACCAGAAACACACUCAGGAGAAAUACGACCGAGCUGUGAUGAAGAUCAAUCAGAUGAAGGACGAGCAGAAGGCGUUGAAGGGGACGAUCGAUGUUCAGAGUCAGGAGAUCGCCAAGUUGAAUUGCAAAGUCAGAGAAGGAGAACGGGAGCUGCUCAAAACAGAAGACAGCGUCCAGCUUCUACAGGUGGAUCUCCAGAGCAGCGAGAAACAGAAGGAUCGUCUGGACGCAGAGCUGCAGAGACUCACACUCAACAUGGAGGAGGUGAAGAGGGAGAACCAGCAGCUCUGUCGGAGGCUGACUCAGCAGGAGACGCAGCAGCAGUCAGCAGAAGAUCCCGGCUCUGCCGCAGGUCCUCUUCAGGCGCGGUGCCAGGCGCUCGCCAGCCAGCUGCAGGACGCUCAGGUGAAGCUGGCGACCGAGAGGGACGACACCAGAAACACCAAGAGGCAAGUUGUGGCUCUGAAUGAAGAACUGAGUCAUAUGAAGAGGCAGCUGGAGAACACGGUCGCAGUUUGUGAUGAGGAUCGACGGAAAAGUAACAAACUUGAGCUGCAGCUCAGAGAGGCGCUGGAGGCGUUGGUGGAUAAAGACGGCUUCAUCGAGGAGACGGAGCAGAAGAUGCGUCUCGUGAGGCAGGAGAACGAAGCGCUCACCAGAGAAAACAACGAUCUCCGCAGCAACAUGGAGGGCCUGCGCUCAGCGUACGCCGACCUCAACGCCGCUCCCACCGGCGACUCGCCGCACGUGCAGCCGGCCGCCGCCGCUCCGGCUGCAAACACCUCCUCCCCCCCGGCACCGGAGCACCUGUACCACGUCAUAGCAGACGUUGCUGAACCAGAGGAGGAGUUGUUGGUGUGUCGUCACUGCCAGGAGAGCUUCCCUGGCAUCACCCGAGGGGAACUGGAGCAGCACGAGGAGAGCCACCGCGUGUGUCCCUUCUGCACGGUGAUCUGCGACCUCAUGGAGCAGUCCGUGUUCGAGGACCACGUGUACAGCCACAACCUGUGA